AUGACCGGAUUCAAGCUCCUCAAGCGGAUUUUCGCUGCCAUGACGGACGACGAUGACCAGGGGGUCACACUGCAUCGUGAUGGGCCUGCCGAGGAUAGUGACAGCGAUGACGAGGUGAACCUGGACGAAAUGCUCGGGUACAUGCAGCAUCUGAAACAGCAAGGGGUGAAGCUCGGCAAGAAGAAGAAGAAGAAGGGGGCUCGUGCGCAGGGUGACGACACUGCUGGACCUUCUAUCUCACCUGUCAAUGAAGUCGCCCCUGCUACCGCGGCGCAACCUACGCCUGCUACUAUGACCGCCGUAGCACCUACCGUCGUAAUCGCUCCUGCCGCUCCAACCGUUCCCGCGCCGAUCACAGCAGGUGCCGGUACUGCUGGCGUUGCAACGAGUGCCGUUGCGACACCUUCUGGCCCCGCGAGUACGGAAGCCUCUGCCGUGACCAACCAUGUGGCCGUCUGGGUUCCAACGGUUGCACUCGCAGUGGAAGAGACUACUGCAAACGCUGACGCGUCCGCCGUCACCGCCUCAGCUGCUGAUAACGCAACACGCGGAACGACUGCUGGCCGAGUGGUUGGCUCACCGUUUGGAUUUGCCAUCCCAGACCUGUCCGCCGCCCAGGGUACGGCUCUCAUCGGUACCCCGCGUCCGGCCACGCCGUCGUUCAAUUUGGACCGGAUCCCGCGCGACGCCAACGGAGCACUCAUUAUCCCUGCCGUCGUCAGUCAUGACAAUCAUUUCGGGAGAAAGGCAACUGAGGCGAUCACGUACCUUAUGUUGGAUGCGCCAGCUCGGUCUAUGCAGUUUUACCCCGAGUGGGCAGAGUUCCGCGAAGUUGUCUGCAUGAAGUACGAGGCCACGGGCGUUUCAUCCGACGUUUUCUACUACAUCAUCAGCAACGACCCCAGCAAAGAGGCGCUGGCGAUGCGGAAGGUGUCGGAGAAGCGUUCGAACGUCAACUCUGACGCGAAGCUCUACGGCAGAGGCCCUGGGGGGUGCGUUCCAGAGUCUAAGUGGAAAAUUCUGGCGGAGGAGAAUGUUGCGCCGUCCACCUCGCGUACCCCUGCGGAGUGGUGCCGUUUUUUUGAACACCCUGUCUAUGGGCCUGGAGCAAAUUUGCAUUUUUACCCGGCAACCCAUCGCCCGUAUGCAAACCUCUCUUUCCAGCUCGCUCUCCUUCGUGGGCUUGCCAGCAAGCGUGCAACCACGCUGUUUGUGAAGAUCCCCACUGUUGGCUACGUGUGCAACGUGGUGGAGUGGCCCCUGGUGAAUGCAAGGGGGCGCCAGACCCCGGCACUUGACACUGCCGAGGCAGUGAACCGCCAGAAUGUGGCGCAGAAGAUUGACCAGGUUGUUGCCUGGAUCGCGGCAACCUACAACGCCGCGGAUGUGACUAUCUGGGACUCCAGGCCCCCGGCUGGCUUCAACAUGGGCCCCAGGAUCAAGAUCCUGCUUCCGUGUGUCACUAGGGGAUGCGUCCAAGAGACUCACCAACUUGCCAUUCCGCCUGCAAUCGUUCAUUCCAACUCCACAGCCACGUCUAACAACGUCACCUGCCUGCCUCGGCUUCUGGCUCCCGGAACCGCCUCCCACUCACAGCAUGGCCACUUGCUCUCCACAUCCUUCGACCUCCUUCGUACUCUGGCCUUUGCAUGGACUUCUCUGGUGACACUGCUGUGGAUGAUGGGUGUUUCUUAUCUGCAAGUCAAAGCGUGGUUUUGUGAGAAGAACACUGUUGCGACGGCCGAGCUAUGGGCGAUGAGUAGCUCAACGGCUCAUGGAAUUCUCCAUAUUGUCCACAAGCCAAUGUGUUGCUUCCAAGGUAUGUACGAGGCUGUUGAAGUAUCUUUGGGGCAAUUAUUGGGAGUGCAUGAGUUGAAAGAGGCGAUGGAGAUGAGAAUGAGGGCACUUGGCGUGCAGCUAGAAGAGACAAGGAGGGAGAUGAGAGGGCAAGUGGAGGAGAGGGAGAGAGAGCUGGCAGCAGUGAAGGAAGAGCUGGCUGCGCACAAGGAUGCACUGGAUAAUCAACUUUCAGUGGAGUUGGCAAGGGAGAAGGAGGAGAGGAGGAGGGAGGUGCAGAACUGGCCAUGUGGCAUGGAGGAAUUGGCAGCUUCCAAGGGCUGGCUAAAUGUUGAGGUGGAAAUCAACCAGAGUGAAGGUCAUCGGAAGACUGCAUGGGAGCUGACAUGGAUGAGCUUGGAGUCUUGCUCGGGCUUCAGUGCAGAGGGCAUCAAGCACCUCUACAGGCUGCCACGCCUGGAGACGCUGUACCUCAACUGCACAGACGUCUCAGACAGUGCCUUAGAAGGCAUUGGGUCCUCGGCUAGUAUUAAGCUCCUCCAUCUCUGGAGGACAAAGGUGACUGAUGCUGGGCUGGCGCACUUGACAGCUCUGUUUCCUCUCAAAGACUUGAAUGCUACCGAAUGUAGGGGUGUGACAAAUGCUGGCAUGGUGCAUGUGGGGAGGCUGACAGGUCUUGAGAGACUUGCUUUAACUAGCACGGCAGUCACAGAUGAUGGGCUGCAGCACCUGACUGCCUUGACCAAGCUGACAACUCUCUGGCGGCCAAAUGGAAAUUGUAUUCAGGGCGAGGAUGUCCGCAGGCUGAUAGAGAGGUAG